GCCACUGCUCACUCCUCAGUCGUCACGCUUGUUUUCACAUUCGUUCCUGCCUGCCUGCCUGCCUGCUCCUCGCCCUCACCGGCAGCAGAGUGGUAAAUCGUAAGAAGCCCUUGCUUUCCUCACGAUUCGCUUGCUCUCUCCCCUCCCCGGCUAUAGUCUCCUCUUCUCGCUCGCAGAUCCAUGUCGGGCGGCCGCUGACUGUUGGCGUCGAAGCUGCAAAGUUACUGGUUCUAGCACGGGCGCGGCGCGGUUGCGGAGGAGGAGGAGGGAUCGGCGGAGAUGAGGAUGAAGACGCUGGCGUGCUGCCGGCGGCGGCCGCAGGACUUCAGCAUCGACAUGGACAAAGAGCCCGACAGGGUGAUGACAUAUAAUGGCCUCGAGACCUGCAUUAUCAACAGUUCCGCCUAUGACGAUGAUAGUGCCAUUAGUGCAACAACAGGCGGAGAUGGAUGUGUCACCACUGAUUCCCUUGAUGAUGAAGUCUCUAGUUGCUCUAGUAAAGAUGCUUCUGGUUCUUCCUUCUCUUCACACUGCCUUAGCAAGCAGGAUGAGCAUUCACUAGAUGAGUUGGGUACACCCAUCGCAAUUCAUCUACUCCCUUUCAAAGGGAAGAAACCAAUCACAUAUACCUUGAGCGCUUCAGAUAUUGAAAACAUGAAGGAAAAAUUUGCAAAGCUAUUGCUCGGUGAUGAUACUUCAGGAGGAGCUAGGGGCGUUUGCGCGGCUCUGGCCUUGUCCAAUGGCAUAAUCAAUCUCUCUGCAACUGUUUUUGGAGAACUCUGGAAGCUGGAACCAUUGUGCGAAGAUAAAAAGAUCAGGUGGAGAAAAGAAAUGGACUGGUUGCUGUCUCCUACAACUUAUAUGGUGGAGUUGGUUCCAACGAAGCAAAGCGGGGCAGAUGGAUGCACAUUUGAGAUUAUGACUCCAAAGGCCCGCUCAGAUGUUCAUGUGAACCUUCCUGCCCUUCAGAAGCUUGAUGCGAUGCUCAUUGAAGUGAUGGACUCUAUGAUAGAUACAGAGUUCUGGUAUGAGGAGAGUGGUAGCAGAGCUGAUGGUCGGGGCAAAAUUACAGGUCCAAGGAAGAGUAAAAAGUGGUGGCUCCCAUCUCCUCGUGUCCCUGAGGAAGGGCUAUCUCAAUUUCAGCGAAAAAGGCUUGUUUUUCAGGCUAAGCUUGUUCAUCAGAUCCUCAAAGCUGCAAAAUCCAUCAACGAACAAGUCCUAUUCCAUAUGCCUAUUCCGGCAGCUGUUAUGGAUGCCCUUCCUAAGUCUGGGAGAGCUAGCUUGGGGGAAGAUUUGUAUCAGGCUAUAACCACACAGUAUAUUCCUAUAGAGGAAAUAUUUGUUUCGCUCAGUUUGAAAACUGAGCAUAGUGUGCUCGAGACUAUUAACCGGUUGGAGGGUGCAGUGUUUGCAUGGAACCAAAGAAUUCUAGAGGAAAGAAGCAAGAGGUCCCCAGGACGCCAUUCCUGGAGCUUCAUGAAGGAUAGCUCAUCAGAACUUGACAAGAUGUCUGCAUGCAUCGAAAGGGUUGACACACUUGUGCAGCUUCUGAAAUCCAGAUAUCCGAACCUGCCUCCAACUUUUAUAGAUGUUUUAAAGGUCCAAUACAAUGUGGACGUGGGGCAUGCAAUUGUGGAGGCCUACUCUAGGGUUCUUGUUGGGGUAGCAUUCAGCAUACUGUCACGUGUAGCCGAGAUACUGCUGGAGGAUGACUUGAUCAAGAAGCCCAACACCCCCAUGGCCACACUGAAGUUCGACCUCUCCUCGGACGUGUACUUGGCAGGUAUCACAGAGACGCCACCGGGACACAUCCGACGGUCCCUUAUGGACCAGAUCAGCAUGGUUGACGGGCGCUUUGAUGCUGUUGUCAAGAAGAAAGGGGUGAAACAGCUGAGGUGGUGAGGCCACAGUUAGCUGUUGUGAAUCUUUUGGCCAUGUACAGGGUGAUGCAGGGCCCAGUGUCCGCUCCACAAGGUUACCUUACCUUAGCUAUAGUGCAGUGUAAUGUAUUUGGCGACGAGUUUAUAGCGUACUGUAAGAGCAGCAUUAGGUGAAAAUCCUGCCUGUCGAAGUGUCCGGAUGUUGCUGUUGCGUCUGAACAAUCUGAUGCUCUUGAUCAGCCUCUGCUGCAUUUCUUGCUGGCA